CCGACCAAAACAACGUCGGAGUCCUGAAAAACUUUAAAAUACUAUUUAUUUUAUAAAAAUUUAAAUAAAAAAUAAGAAAAAAUGGGGCGACGUUCAAUUAAUACCACAAAAAGUGGGAAAUAUAUGAAUCCCACGGAUCAGGCUCGCAAAGAAGCUCGUAAAAAAGAGUUGAAAAAGAACAAAAAACAGCGUCAAAUCGUGAGACAGGCAGUUCUCAAAGGCAAAGAUCCCGCCCAACUCCUCGAUGAAAUGGAAAAAAUCGAUGAAAUGGAGUACAAUGUCUUACAACCGAGUCCCUUGAACGAAAAAGUUCUCAAGGAAAAGCGAAAAAAGCUCAAAGAAACGUUCGAUCGUGUCAUGCGCUUGUACCACACGGAAGAUCCCGAGCUGUGGAGCGAAUUAAAACGCAAAGAACUCGAAUACGAGAAGAAAAGAAAUAAGCGAAUCUCGUAUUUCGAGAGUGUUCGAGCUGCGGAAUCGAUUCAAAUUGACGAUAUUCCGUUGCCAUCAGCAAAAGAAGGCUUGCAACCGUCAUUAAAUGCUCUCCCACGAAUCCAACUUCCUCCGCCAGCUUUAAUUAUUCCUCCAAUUCCUCAAGCACUCGUCGCAAUGCAACAAUUGAAGCCUCCCGAAGAGCCCCCAGCACAAGAUGACUUCGACGACGAACAAUUAAGCAAGACUCCUGCUUGUCCCCCGGGUCCUCCUCCGAAUUUGGAGGAAAUGGAAGACUUGGAUUCAGACUAUGACGAGUCUCUGCUGCCUAAAAACCAGAAAAAGAAGAAAUUAAAAGAGAAGGAAGACGAUUCAAACACUGGCGACGAAGAAGUUAAAGCUCCAAGUGCGUUGCAGCAAAAAAUGUUGGCAAUUUCCGGGCAAAAUAUCGACGAUUUCAUGAAAGAAAUGGAAAAUGUACAGCGUAAAAAGGAAGCAGAACGUGCGGAAAAGGCAGCUGUGUCAGAUUCCGACGAGAAAAAUGACGAAAGUGAGAAUGAGGAGGACGAUGAGAGUCAUCACAGCGCGGAAAGUGACGCCCAUGACGACGACGAAAGUGAAAAUGAGGCAAUUUCUGAACCAAAAACAGCUCCCAAAACGAUUCAAAUGUCAAAAUCUGCGGAAAAUCCUGAGCCAUCGAUUCCAUUGCCGCCUCAAGCGCCGCCGCAAAUGCCUCAACACAUGCCGCAAGUCCCCCAAAUGCAUCCAAUGCCCAAUCCGCCGCAUAUGAUGCCUCCCCAUGCGAUGCCUCCCGGCAUGUUUCGUCCCCCGCCCAUGCGAGGGGGCUUCUCUGGACAUCAUCAUCAUCAUCCGGGAAUGCGAAUGCCUCCGCGAAUGGGAAUUCGGAUGCCUCCUGCUCCGCCUCCGGGUCUUCCGCCCAAAUACGCGAACAAGGGACAAGCGAAUCAGCAAAGCAAAGACCCUAAAAGUGCGACAAUUGAAGCAAAACCGCAAAUUCGCAACUUGUCGGCUGAUGUAACGCGUUUUGUACCUUCAACGUUGCGUUCGAAAAAAGACGAUGUCACGAAAAAACCGCGCCAAAACCCAAUGACGAGCAUGCCCGCGACACAAAAUGCCCAAAAUACCACAAAAGCACCCACGAAAGAUGAUGCCUACAUGCAAUUCAUGAAAGAAAUGCAAGGAUUUCUCUAAAUUCUUAAUUUUAAUUUAAAUAAAAAGUCAUUUUUUUCAC